AUGAAAAACUUUGGAGAUUGUCUCACUGAUGUAGAUCUUUUUGACCUUCCGUUCCAAGGCCCGACGUUCACUUGGACAAAUAACCAACCCACCAGUCCCAUUGGAAAGAAGAUAGAUAGAUGCUUGGUCAAUGGAAACUGGAUACAACUGUUUCCUACUAGUCAUUGCUCCUUCGAGGCUCCCUUGUUCUCGGAUCACACUCCCUGUGUUAUUAAUUUGGUCACUAAGCCACCAGAUUAUGGAACCAGGUCUUUCAGGUUCUAUAAUAUGAUACUAAAGCACCCAUCCUUUCAUGAAACAGUAAAAGAGGCUUGGCAGAGUUCAGGUGUUCCGAUUUCAACUCUUAGUGCUCUCUGUCAUAAGCUGAUAGGUUUAAAAAGGCCCAUUAAAUCUAUGUGUAAGGAAAAAUAUAGCGGGAUUGAAAAGAGAGUCUUGGAGGCAGAGGAGCAACUAAAAUCUAUUCAACUAGCUUCCCUUCAAGAUCCCUCGCCGUCAAACAUUCACCUUGAAAAAUUAUCAAAGGAAAAUUGGCUUUUUCUUCGUCAGGCAGAAGAGAGUUUCUUCAGGCAACAUUCCCGGGUAAAGUGGUUGGCAGAAAGAGAUUUCAAUAUCUCUUUUUUCCACAAGGUCACCAAAUUCAGGAACGCUUACAACUCGGUCAAAUACCUUACACGGCCUGAUGGGUCUCGAGCUGACAUGGCACAAGAGGUCCAUGAGCAUGCGGUUAGCUACUUUGAGGAUAUCAUGACAAAUGUUCGAGGGUCGUUCUCCCCAGAUCUCCCGGAGUUCCUGGAGCAUCUACCUCUACCGGUUUGCUCUUCAUUUCAUUCUUUAUUACUAUCUGACGCCUGCACGGAAGAUAAGAUAAAGAAAUCUCUGUCCGGAAUGCCAAGAAACAAAACUCCGGGACCUGAUGGGUUCCCUGCUGAGUUCUUCAGAGCUACUUGGAGUUUUAUGGGCCCGGAGAUCUUAUUGGCCAUAAAAACCUUCUUUGAAGCUCCUUUCAUGCCUAAAGCUCUGAAUUCUACUUCUUUGGUGUUGUUACAGAAAAGGCCAGGAGCGGAUCAACUCAAGGAUUAUAGGCCGAUCUCGUGCCUUAACACAUUGUACAAACUAAUUACUCGGCUCCUUUGCUGA